GCUUCCAUUUCCACGACAUAGUUCCGCAAUUCUAGUCUGUUUUGACGUUGUUGAAAGAGCUCUUCAAAACAGCAUACGGAUCCAUAAGCAAGUCAGCGUUCUACUCACCGAAGCAAACCAGCAGACAAAAUGGCAUCCGACUCUCCACGCAGACCUAGUCGCUGUGCUGGAGGGGUUUUGGUGCGAGCACAAGCUGCUACUGAGCAGUCUUACAUGGAAAGUGUUGUGACCUUCCUACAGGAUGUGGUCCCCCAGGCAUAUACCGGAGCUCCACUCACUGAUGAAAAAGAGAAGAUAAUUUGGGUUCGAUUUGAGAAAGCUGACGUCAAUGAUACUGCCCGCAAUCCAGAGUUUAUGGAGAUGCACAGUGGUACUACCGACCCUCCUCUUUGCCUCAUGAUUGGCUAUACUGACGGGAUGCAGAUCUGGAGCGUAUCUUUGGCAGGGGAAGCCCAAGAGCUGUUCUCAGUGCGCCAUGGUCCUGUGCGAGCUGCUCGCAUUCUGCCAGCACCUCAUAUCAGUCUUCUGAAGACGGACAGUUUUGCUGACAAGAGGCCUUUGUUGGGGGUGUGCAAGAGCACAGGGUCUUCUGGGACAAGCCCUCCCUACUGUUGCGCUGACCUGUAUUCUCUGAGGACAGGGGAAAUGGUCAAAUCAAUUCAGUUUAAGACGGCCAUCUAUGAUCUUCACUGCAACAAACACAUUCUUGUUGUGAGCCUACAAGAGAAGAUUGCAGCAUUUGACAGCUGCACCUUCACUAAGAAGUUCUUUGUUACAAGCUGCUAUCCCUGCCCUGGCCCCAGCCUAAAUCCAAUAGCUCUGGGAAGCCGCUGGCUAGCCUACGCUGAGAACAAGUUGAUCAGAUGUCACCAAUCUCGCGGGGGAGCUUGCGGUGACAAUGCACAGUCCUAUACAGCUACAGUGAUAAAUGCUGCCAAAACAUUAAAGACAGGCCUGACAAUGGUGGGUAAAGUUGUUACCCAGUUGGCAGGCACACUACCAGCAGGCACUCCUGACGAGGAGGGCACACCUCACAGUGCGAGCCGCCGCAGCCCCCACAAUCCCGGUGUGGUCACCAUCAUUGACACACACAGUGUUGGAGAAGGACAGGUCUUGGUGAGUGAGGACUCGGAUGGAGAGGGAGUGGUGGCUCACUUCCCAGCUCAUGACAAACCCAUAUCCUGCAUGCAAUUCAACCCCAGUGGAAUGCUGCUGGUGACUGCCGACACUCUGGGCCACGAUUUCCACGUCUUCCAGAUUCUCACCCACCCAUGGGCGUCCUCACAAAGCGCCAUUCACCAUCUCUACACCCUGCAUCGUGGGGAAACUGAGGCCAAGGUCCAGGACAUGUGUUUCAGUCAGGACAGUCGCUGGGUAGCCAUCAGUACUCUCCGCGGCACGACACAUGUAUUUCCCGUCAACCCCUAUGGUGGUGCACCCUGUGCUCGCACGCACAUGUCCCCACGGGUGGUCAACCGGAUGUCUCGCUUCCAGAAGAGUGCUGGCCUGGAGGAGAUUGAACAGGAACUAAACAGGGUGGCUGCGUUAGGAGGAGGAGCUGGUACAGGAGGCAUAGGAGGGGGUGGCUGCAUCCUAGGCGGAGGAGGUGGCAUCGGGGGGCGCUGUAGCCCCAUUCCUGGCCUGUCCAGCAGUCCCUCAGGGUCUCCACUGCACGCCAAGCUGAGCAGCCAGGAUUCAUACAACAACUUCACCAAUAACAACAUGGGGAAUCCGCGACUGACCCCGCUGCCCACCCUCACUGUGGUGCUGCCUUUGGCUCAAAUUAAACAGCCGAUGACCCUGGGCACCAUCACCAAACGCACUGGACCCUACCUCUUUGGGGCGGGAUGUUUUGCCAUUAAAACUCCAUGCAAAGUUAAGCCACCCCCUCAGAUUUCCCCGAGCAAGUCCAGUGGUGGAGAGUUUUGUGUGGCCACCAUUUUUGCCUCGUCUCGCUCCUGGUUCAUCACCAACCCCAACAUGAAAAGGGACAAAGAUCAGUCCAGGCAGUCGGUUGUCGACUCGCUGUACAUCAUCAGUUGCUAUGGUAACUUGGUGGAGCAUGUUCUGGAGCCCCGGCCAAUUAGCACUGCUCAAAAAAUUAGUGAUGACACACCUUUGGAGCUCAGCACCUGUCCAAGGGCCUGCUGGACUCUGGCCAGGACUCCACAGUGGAAUGAGCUGCAACCACCCUUCAACUCCAACCAUCCCCUGGUGUUGGCCUCAGACCUGGUGCAGUACUAUCAGUAUCUUUGGGCUGCGAUGCCCCCAGGAAGUCCAGGCCCAAUCACCCGUCAUGAGUCGUCAGACAGCUUGGCAUCAGACCACAGUGGUCAGGAGGACGAGGAGUGGCUCUCUCAGGUGGAGAUUGUGACCCAUACAGGGCCCCACCGGCGCCUGUGGAUGGGCCCCCAGUUUCAGUUUAAGACUAUUCACCCCUCAGGUCAGACCACAGUCAUCUCCUCCUCCUCCUCAGUCCUUCAGUCCCAGGGCCCCACUGAUGUCCAACAGCCCCUGUUGGACUUUGACACAGAUGACCUGGACUUACACAGCCUGAGGAUCCAACCAGUUCGUUCAGACCCAGUCAGCAUGCCCGGUUCAUCACGGCUGGUGGCUGAUCGUAGAGGACAGUCUAACAUCAUGGACACAGGAUCAGGCAACUGGACUUGCUUGAGUUCCUUGAAGAUGUUUCAACCCUCAACCAAGAGGCUUCUUCAGUUCUGACUGGUGCAGAGUCAUAGGCUUCAAACCCAUCAUCAUUACUACACAGGUGUGCCUUGGGAUGGUCACAAUAAAAGGUAACUCUAAAAUGUGUAGUUUUAUCUUGAAAAAUGACAUUUAUAAUAAUAAUAAUAAUAAUAAUAAUAAUCUAUAUUUAUAUAGCACUUAACAAUGUUACAGAGUGCUUAACAAGAAGAGAUAAAACCAAAUAAGGUAAAAGCAGACAUGGCAAGUGAAUAAAAGACUGACAAACAAGAAGCAGAAAACAAUUAAAAUGAAUAAAUACAAAAAACAAAUUAAAACAGUAUAAAAUAAAAGCAGUCAAACAUUCACAAAUGCUUUUACAUAGAGAAAGGUUUUAAGACAAGAUUUAAAAAAGGCAAGGGACUUAGUGUGCCUUAGUUCAAUAGGCAGAGCAUUCCAGAGUAUGGGGGCUCUAACAGCAAAAGCACGAUCUCCCUUUGUCAUAAACUGCGACCUAGGAGUAACCAGCAGGGCUCCCUCCGCGGAUCUCAAUGGACGAGAGGACACAUACCGUGUCAGUAAGCCUGUAAUAGCCUGGAGCUAGACCAUUUAAGGCCUUAAAAGUGAGCAAUAAAAUUUUAAAAUCAAUUCGAGAAUUAACAGGGAGCCACUGUAGGGAGGCAAGCUCAGGGGUGAUGUGCUCUUGCCUCUUUGUCCCAGUAAUGAGCCGGGCAGCAGCAUUUUGGACCAACUGGAGACGAUGGAUGGAGCAACUUUUUUUAGGUCCGUGAGUGGACCAAGAUUUUACAUUUCUAACGCUAUAAAAAUGCACCUUUUGGUCACAGAUACCCCAAAGAAUCAGUCAGUAUCUGAUGUGACACCAUUUGCCUCAUGCAGUGAGACACAUCUCCUUCACAUAGAGUUGAUCAGGUUGUUGAUUGUGGCCUGAGAAAUGUUGGCCCACUCCCAUUCAAUGGCUAUGUGAAGCUGCUGGAUAUUAGUAGGAAUUGGAACACGCUGUCAUACAUGCUAACCCAGAGCAUCCUAGACAUAUAUCAUAAUUUAUUUUAUUAGGAUAAAUCCCUUGAGAUGGAUCAUCUUGUUUUGGAGGGGGUCCCAACAUAUAUCAAAACUUAGGAGUGGCAAAAUACAAGGACAAUUAUCAAAAUAGUGGCUUACAGACAGACAACAGACAAGCUAAACAAAAAAACAACAACAAACAAACAAGAAAAAAAACACAACACCACAAAGACAAACAAAAACAAAUAACAUACCAUACAUCAAUAAACUAAUGCAACCACAAUGUGGCAAGUCAUAUAAGCACUAGAAUGUGAGUGGAUCACAAGAUUAUGUCAGGUAUAAACAUCAGCAUACACAGUAUAUACAGUAUACAACACUGACAGCAUCAAUUAUAACAGGAGCAUACCAUCUCAAAGUAAGAAGACAAGGCAUGCUUAAACAAAUGUAAUGAUGAAAUGGAUCUUAUUUGGGCAGGUAAAUUAUUCCAAUCUGCAGGGGCUUUAAACAUGAACUCUUUUGCCAACUGACUUUUUAACACGAGGGACAGAGAAAUGGAGUUGAGCAGCAUAUCUGACUUGCUGAUUAGAAGUAAAAGGUACCAAAUACUGUUGUAAAUAAGAAGGAUAAUUGAAAUAAAUGCAUUUGAAUAUGAGUUGAAGCCAGUGAAUAUGUCUUCUUACGUGCGGUGUCCCUCAAGGAUCUGUCUUUGGCCCAUUUCUAUUCAUUAUAUACAUGCUCCCCCUUGGCCGUGUCAUCAGACAGUGCGGGAUUUCUUUCCACUCCUAUGCCGUUGACACUCAGCUGUAUCUCAGGACUGACCCAACCCCUUCAGCUGCUCUACCAUCUUCAUCUUCACCUCUUUCCACACUCACCAACUGCCUGGAGGAGAUAAAGGCAUGGAUGGUCAUAACUUCCUCCAACUCAACUGUUCCAAAUCCGAAGCCAUACUUAUUGGCACCCCUCAUCAGGUCUAGUCAUCUUCUAUAACCACCAUCACCUUCUCCGGUCAGGACAUCCCCCUUUCAUCUACAGUUACCAACCUUGGCGUGAGACUGGACCCACACCUAACAUUUGAAAACCACAUUAAAAUAUCUGUGUAAAUCCUGCUUUUUUCACCUCAAGAAUAUCACUAAACUCCGUCCC